CAAACAGUGCUGCCCACGGACUGAGACAGACAGUGGUUUGGGGGACAAAACAUUUCCCAGGGAGGGAAGGAUAGCGCUGCACGUGCCUGAGAGGACCGAGGAGGGGCCAGGGCAGCAGUGUGGAGAGGAGCAGGGACAGGCAGCUGUCAGGAAGGGUCAGGAACUAGCGCAGCGCCCGGCCCAGGAGGGAGCAACUCGAGGGAGCCCGGCAUCCGCACCUUCCCAGUGAGCAGGAAGGGCCCAGAGGCAGCAGCACAAGGCCGCAGCAAGGGCCCGCCAGGUCAGGCGCCAGCACCACGGGAUGAACUUCACGGUGGGUUUCAAGCCGCUGCUAGGGGAUGCGCACAGCAUGGACAACCUGGAGAAGCAGCUCAUCUGCCCCAUCUGCUUGGAGAUGUUCUCCAAGCCCGUGGUGAUCCUGCCCUGCCAGCAUAACCUGUGCCGCAAGUGUGCCAACGAUGUCUUCCAGGCCUCGAACCCUCUGUGGCAAUCCCGGGGCUCCACCGCUGUGUCUUCAGGAGGCCGUUUCCGCUGCCCAUCGUGCAGGCAUGAGGUUGUCCUGGACCGGCAUGGCGUCUAUGGUCUGCAGAGAAACCUGCUAGUGGAGAACAUUAUCGACAUUUACAAGCAGGAGUCCUCGAGGCCGCUGCACUCCAAGGCUGAGCAGCACCUCAUGUGCGAGGAGCACGAGGAGGAGAAGAUCAACAUCUACUGUCUGAGCUGCGAGGUGCCCACCUGCUCCCUCUGCAAGGUCUUUGGGGCCCACAAGGACUGUGAGGUGGCCCCGCUGCCCACCAUUUACAAACGCCAGAAGAGUGAGCUCAGCGACGGCAUCGCCAUGCUGGUGGCCGGCAAUGACCGAGUGCAAGCAGUGAUCACGCAGAUGGAGGAGGUGUGCCAGACCAUCGAGGACAACAGCCGCAGGCAGAAGCAGCUGUUAAACCAGAGGUUUGAGACGCUGUGCGCGGUGCUGGAGGAGCGCAAGGGCGAGCUGCUGCAGGCGCUGGCUCGGGAGCAGGAGGAGAAGCUGCAGCGCGUCCGCGGCCUCAUCCGCCAGUACGGAGACCACCUGGAGGCCUCUUCCAAGCUGGUGGAGUCGGCCAUCCAGUCCAUGGAAGAGCCGCAGAUGGCGCUUUACCUCCAGCAGGCCAAGGAGCUGAUCAAUAAGGUCGGGGCCAUGUCCAAGGUGGAGCUCGCCGGCCGGCCGGAGCCGGGCUACGAGAGCAUGGAGCAGUUCUCCGUGAGCGUGGAGCACGUGGCGGACAUGCUGAGGACCAUCGACUUCCAGCCCGGCGCCUCCGGGGAGGAAGAGGAGGACGAGGUGGCGCUGGACGGGGACGAGAGCGGCGCAGGCCCCGAGGAGGAGCGGCCCGACGCCCCCGAGGGCCAGCACUGACCCGCGCCUGCCCGCCGUGCAGCCGGGGCCCCGGGCCGCGCCAGGGUGAGAGGAGCUGCGCGGAGACCACGCUGCAGCCCGGCUCUGCGCCCGGAUCCCGGAGGCCUCAAUAAAGCCGCAUCCCCGGCCCA